CCCUGGGUGUGCUGGGGGUCCCUGGGCUGGUUUGCUGGGGGUUGGCACCCGCCGUGCUCAGGUGCUGGGCUGGGGUUGGGGACCCCCGGGGCUGGGACAGGGGCACCCGUGGGGCAGGGACGGGACCCUCCGAGGGGCUGGGGACAGGCUGGGACAGGGCCACGCGUGGGGCGGGGUCAGAGCCCCCUUUGGGGCUGGGGACGGGCCGCUGGUGGAGGUGGGGCACGCCAGGGCUGGGCUCUGGGGGUGCCGGGGGGGGUUCAGGCUGCUCCUGCCCCACGGCUGCUGCAAUUUCCUGCCCUCGGUGACAGCAGGCAGCGCUUUCCCAACCCCGGGGACAGGAAGGACCGGGCAUGGGGCAAGACCCCUCCGGGAGGUGCCGUGAGCUGAGCACGGGUCCGGCCCGCUCCGGGCUCAGCCCACCGUGGGGGCAGCCAAGCCCCCUCUGCCAUCUGUCCGUGUGCCCUGGCAGCCGGAGAAUCGCUGGGAAAGCGGCAGGGGCAGAGCCAGCCCUGGGCAAACACGCUGGGCAAACAGCGGGCAGGGCUGGCCUGGCACGGAGCCGGCAGCGGGAGGAGCGGCGCGGUGCCCCGGGCUGCCCGUGCCCUUCCCGGCACCCUGAGCACCGGCCCGGUGCCCCCGAGCCCGGCCUGGCACCCCGGGCACCGGCCAGGCUCCUUUGUCCCGGGGGUGUCGCGGGGUGCGGGUGCGGGCUGAGCUCCCCCCGCUUGUCCUUGCAGCGGGAUGAGCGGGGGGGUCGCUCCGCAGAGCCCCCCAGGUGCCUCUGCAGAUGCUGGCGUCGCUGGUGCACGCCCGGCGCGCUGAGCAGCCGCUGUCGCUGUCCCCGCGCGCUGUCCCCGCGCUGUCCCCGCCGCCCCGCAUGGCGCUGCGGCCCGAGGCGCUGCUGGACCUGAGCUUCCUGACGGAGGAGGAGCGCGGCUGCAUCGCCCGGGUGCUGCGGCGAGACCGGCAGCUCCGCCGGAGGGAGCAGGGCCGCGUCAGCAAGCUCCGGCAGUCGGUGUCGGACCCGGCGCGGCUGCGGAGCCUCAGCGGGGACUGGUUCUGCCUGGCCCGGGCGCAGCGCCACCAGCCCGCGCUGGGCUCCGACCUGGUGCGCGCCUCCAUCCGCCGCAGGAGCCCGGCCCGGGGACCCGCGGAGCUGGGGCGCCUGGAGCCGCGGGCAGAGGAGGAGGAUGAUGAGGAUGAUGAGGAUGAUGAGGAUGAGGAUGAGGAUGGUGCCUUGGGGACGGACAAGAGCUGCCCCCCGGAGGAGCUGCAGGAGGUCACUGAGCCCCAGCCCAGCCCCCCCACCCCGGCCGUGGAGGGGACCCCGGUGUCACAGCCCGGGCCGCAGGGUGACAGCCCGGCGAGGGAGCGGGAGCAGCCAGCCCUUGUUCCUGCAGGUGACACGGGAGGUCCCUCCCCCGGCCCGUGCAGCACGGAGGAGGAGGAAGAGGAGGAGGAGGAAGCACACAGCAGCCACAGUGCUGGGCAGCGAGCAGAGACCCCCCAGAGGGAUCAGAACCCCCCUGAGCCAGUGUCCCCACAGAACGGCCACAGCCCCCCGAGCCUGCUGAGCACCAGCUCCUCCGUGUCCAGCCUCAGCUCCUCCACGCUGAGCGGCAGCCUGAGGAGCCUGUACAGCGAGGCCGAGCUGGGCCGCGUGGCCGUGCGCGGCUGCGUGCAGUUCUCGCUGCGCUACCGCGCAGCCGAGCAGGAGCUGCAGGUGCACGUCCUGCGCUGCCGGCAGCUGGCCGAGGCCAAGAAGCAGCGCUCGGACCCGUACAUCAAGACGUACCUGCUGCCCGACAAGUCCAACCGCAGCAAGCGCAAGACCGCCGUGAGGAAGAGGAGCUUGGAUCCCGUCUUCAACGAGACCCUCAAGUACAAGCUGGAGGAGAGGGACCUGCAGGGCCGGACCCUGAACCUGUCCGUGUGGCACCACGACAGCCUGGGCAGGAACCUCUUCCUGGGCGAGGUGGAGGUGGCGCUGGGCACCUGGGACUGGGCCAACACCCGCCCCGAGUGGUUCAGCCUCCAGCCGCGGGUGCCCGUCCCCCCGGGCGGCCUGGCCAGCCGCGGCAGCCUCAACCUGGCGCUCAAGUUCAUCCCGGCCGGCUCGGAAGGAGCGGGGCUGCCACCCACGGGCGAGCUGCACAUCUGGGUGAAGGACGCCCGGAGCCUCGUCCCGCUGCAGGGCGGCACCGUGGACGCCUUCGUGCAGUGCUACGUGCUGCCGGAUGACAGCAAGGCCAGCCGGCAGAAGACGCGGGUGGUGAGGAGGAGCCUGAGCCCCCUGUUCAACCACACCAUGGUGUACGACGGCUUCCAGGCCAGGGACCUGGCCGAGGCCUGCGCCGAGUUCACGCUCUGGCACCGCGAGGCCUUCGCCAAGCGCCAGCUGGGCGGCGUGCGCCUCAGCCUGGGCACGGGCAGCAGCUACGGGCUGCCCGUGGGCUGGAUGGACUCCACGGCCGAGGAGCAGCGCGUGUGGCAGCAGCUGCUGGAGCAGCCCCGGCGCUGGGUGGAGGCUCUGCUGCCCCUGCGCACCGACCUGGUGCCCCGGGCAUAGCCCCGGGCGUAGCCGGUGCCCGGGCCGUGCCACCCGGGGUGCCACUGGGCAGGCUGGGUGCCCUCCCCUCCAGCAGCAACGAAGCGGCACCGGAGGGCACAUCUGGCAGAUUUUAUUGCUGUGGGCACAGCUGGUGCUGCUCAUUGCCCUGAC